UUCUACUAGAUCCUAGUACCUUUUUUACAACCUCGACUCUGUUUCUUUGCAAUUGUCCUCACCGUGGACCAUACCAGUAGUAUUGUCCAGAAAGACGACCACGUUCAGAUACCCCUCACUUGUCACCGUUGGGCACCAUCCGCCCUUUGUGACUUGAUAAUCACACGCUACAGACGUUGGUGUCACCCUUGCCACUUUACCUCCGGACAAAAUUAUCAUAUUCUUCCACAAUGACCACAUUCACUUCGCGGUCUGGCCCAUCAUCGGGCAUACCCAGUGUCAGCGACCUCGACGGGUAUACAAUUCGAGACUAUCAGUUCCCUACAAACUAUGGACCCACACAGGAUGACGACUUUGGUUUUGACCCCCCAGACAUGAAGGCCGCGGUCAUGGCGCCAUACCAGCCUUGUAGCCCCCCUCAUGAUCCUACCAUGUCCAACUGGCCAGAGUUUAAUCGCGACGAUAUCGCAGAGACGACAGAGCCCCACGUCAACUUGGAUAGUUUCGAAUUCGACCAGUUUUUGAACUCAAGCCAGAUACCCACUUCAGAGACUGCCUUGUCACGGUUUGGUCAGAUUACACCACCGCGUUCCAGCUCAGCCGUGAGCUCCAAAGACACUGAAAAAGCACUUUCGCCCAAGACGACUACAGGCACCACGGAACGGAAAAAGACCAAGACACAAGCCAAGGAUAUCAAUGUGCAAUCUAAAACGGCGUCCAAGCCUGGCCGUAAGAGAAAGUCAACCCGCAAAGCAUCACUAGCCUCGGAGCAAGACGAUCACCAGGACGAUUCGAAAAGGAAACAAUCACUGGAGAAGAACAGACUGGCAGCGGCAAAGUGUCGAGUCAACAAGAAGGAGAAGACAGAGUUACUGCAACGCGAUUCUCACGAGAAAGCGGUGGAAAAUGCCUAUCUGAAGGAUCAAGUGAUGCGAAUGAAGGAUGAAAUCCAGCAGAUGAAUGCUAUCCUCCUAGCUCAUGCCAACUGCGAAGGUUGCAAGUCCCCCGAAGGAGUGCAGGCCCAUCUCAGUCAGCUCGGUAACGACUUUUUCCAGAACCAGCGCGUCGACCUCGCCCCUCCCAAUUACCUCAAUUAUCCGCAAAUGAAUUUUACCGAUCUACCCAUGAUGCAGGACAACUUUUUUGCCAGCGCCUCACAGGGACAGAUGCUGCACCCGCCCCUUCCAGAUUUUGAUCGGUCUGCCGAUUUCGAAGUUCAUACCCCAAUGGAUCACAGCCCUUGAUCCGCUCUUACUGCUCAGGACAGAUUUUCUAUGGCCACCACAAAUUAUGCAAUAUGCACGGACAGGUGUCCACACUUGAUUUUACAGCGAGGAACAGCGCACGCUAUCGUCAAAUGGGUUCCAAACAACAAACCCCUUUACUCUGUACCAUAUGACAAAAGAGUAUACCUUGCCUCUGUCACCAGCGGCUUUCACAUCCGUAUGCUCAGACUUACUCGGUCCAAUCAAUACCAUUGAUUGCAGCACAUGUCGCACAGACAUUUCCGUACGCUGGCGAACACAGAAGGCACUUCGUUUGAAUGAGGUUGUGUGGCGGGCAAAUUAUUGAGCUCGGACUCUACAAACGACAAUUAUCCUAAGAGUGUGGUUGACUUGGACAAUGGUGCAGUGCGGCCGAUGAGCAAAUGUGGUCGGCUGAUUGUCGAAAAGAGAAGAGCUGAGGACGACAUGGAAUUGAUCAUAGCAAUUCUACUACUGGCCCUAGCACUGUCGAUCAUUCUGGGACGCCGGGUCAAACCUCCGGUGAGGAGGUCCUGGAGGUCAGGUGUAGGUGCACCGGCCAAUGGGCAAGGAAAAUGGUACCGCGGGUGCGUGGACCAAUACUGCAAUCAACGGUUACCAGAUGCUUAGGCCACAUGUGGUUAUGAAACCCUGAUGCUUACAUGCAGCAUCAAGAAUGUCUUAACAAUUCAUAAAUGCCCGUGCAAUGAUAUGACAUAUGACUACACAUA